GGCAGCGCGCGCUCCACCGGCACAUGCAGAGCGCACAUGUUAGCGUGGCUUUACUGAACACAUCCACCACGGUCGAAUAAGCGCAUCAAACUCCCCUCCGCUCCACAUCCCCGCCAAUGAAAACGCACAAAAGCGUGAAGGAGAGAGAGAGAGAGAGAGAAAGAGAGGGACUCCGCGAGAUUACAAAGAUUUAAGUAACAUUCACGGAUCUUCAAGUAAAAGUGAUCGACAUCAGCAGCAGAAAUAUGGAUCACAGCCCCGGUGGUGGAGUUAUCCUGUAUGCGGGUUCCUCUGGCAGCUCCAGCUCCAGCUGCAGCCCCAGAUCCGGCAGCCCCGGCAGCCCUUCCAGUGGCUACCAGACACAGUCACCUUCUAUGCACUCCCAGCCCUCGUCUCCAGAGGAGGUUACCUUCACAGAGAUUGGGGCGUUGAAACACAGGGCAGCUGGGUGCACCACCCCAUCCUCCAAACUGAUAUUCCAGUUCCCAGAGGUCUACAAUGCCCCCCUAGCAGCGGCAGCCACUCCACAGAACACCUAUGCACAUCCCAUCGCAGGAAAGAGGCCCUACGGGUUCACGGGAACUUUCACAAAGACGGGUGGAAUGGUCCUGCUCUGCAAAGUCUGUGGGGACAUCGCAUCCGGUUUCCACUAUGGAGUGCAUGCAUGUGAGGGUUGCAAGGGUUUCUUCCGCCGCAGCAUCCAGCAGAACAUCAACUACAAGAUGUGUGUGAAGAACGAGAGCUGUCUGAUAAUGCGCAUGAACCGCAACCGGUGCCAGCACUGCCGCUUCAAGAAAUGCCUCUCUGUCGGCAUGUCAAGAGAUGCUGUGCGUUUUGGCCGCAUCCCCAAGAGAGAGAAGCAGCGACUUCUGGAUGAGAUGCAGAGCUACAUGAACAGCCUCAAUGAGUCGGCUGCCAUGGACAUGGACUCGCCGCCAGUGAGUGAAGCUCCCAGCAGCCCAGAAGAUGGCGACUCAAAAGAGGCCAUCGGGGCCAUCUCCAGAGCCUACCAUGACAUCUUCACCAGCAGCAAUAGCAACAACCACCACGAGAGAGCAGCUAAGACGGCUAAUGUCACUACCACCACCACCAACAACAACAACAACACAUCCCACACCUUUUCUCAGGAUGCCAGCUUUACCCAAGUCUCCUCUCACCCCACCUCCGCCCAGAGAUACCAGUCUUGCCCUGUUACGUCUGCCACUCGAUGCCCAGUUGCCCCUAAUGACAACCAAUCUACAUUCCACAAUGUGGACAACAAUCGCUACACUUACUCGGUGUCAACAAAUCAGAAUCAUGGUCAGUUUAACAGUAUGACCUCUCAAAGUGGCAGUUCUGCCAAUCAUAACAGUUUUCACAAUGCAGGAAGUACCCAAAGUCAGUCCUCCUGCCCAUGGAAGCAAGCUUCAGGAGCUAAAGUGCUGGCUUGUCCUCUCAAUGCGUGGCCUGUAUCAGGCGCAGAUCGCUCGAGUCAGGAGAUAUGGGAAUCCUUCUCGCAGUGCUUCACUCCUGCUGUUAAGGAGGUGGUGGAGUUUGCCAAGGGCAUCCCAGGAUUUCAAGAGCUUAGCCAACAAGACCAGGUCAUGCUGCUCAAAUCAGGCACCUUCCAGGUUCUGAUGGUGAGGUUCUGCACCUUGUUCAAUGCCGAGGAGCGUACAGUAACUUUCCUGAAUGGCCAAACUUACCCCUUGUCCACCCUGCGGGCCUUGGGCAUGGGCUCUCUGCUGGAUGCAAUGUUUGAUUUCAGUGAGAAGUUGGGCUCCCUGGGGCUGGAGCCUGAUGAAAUGGCCCUCUUUAUGGCUGUGGUGCUGGUCUCUGCAGAUCGUUCCGGCAUCUUGGACAUGCGGGCUGUGGAGCAGCUCCAGGAGGGUCUGAUCCGGGCCCUGCGGUCCCUGAUCACUCGCCGUCGCCCAGAUGACUCCGCCCUCUUCCCCAAACUCCUCCUGCGCCUCCCAGACCUGCGCACCCUCAACAAUCUGCACUCCGACAAACUUUUGGCCUUUCGCAUCGACCCUUGAGCAGGCCGCUUCUUCACGGAGCACACAGAGACAGACUGUUUCACAAAAAAUAUACAGAACACAACAAACACACACAGAUAUUAUCUUCCAAAGACAGGACUUUCUAAAAAUUGAAGAACGAAGAAUUGCCCAAUCUGAGGACUGGUUUUCAAAAGGAUGAAUUAGGGCAGUAGAGAACAUAUUUUUUACUCACUAUUGAUCUUCAUGCUAUGUUUUGGGACAACAUACAAACUCAUGAAUGCACACAAUACCUCUUGAGAGACAUUGUUCCAGUAAAAACAAAAAUAUAAGUAUCAUGUAGAUUUAGUAUUACCCGUUUGGACGAAUCAUUUCUGCACACUUGCUCAUUAUAUCCAGUGUACUUAAGAAUAAAAGCCAGUUCACUUCUGUUUAUUCCUUUAGCCGUACAGUAUAAACAGGCCAUCACAAAGACAGUUAUUACGUAGGGACCAUUAGUGAUGAUUGACGAUGUCAGUCUGUGUUUAAGAGAAAGGGAACCUGUAUAUAAUACAUAGAGAAAUCUGAAAUAUUAAGGUAAUUGUGUAUCACUGUUUCACAGGCAUACCAUCUGCAUUAGUACUGGAAUGAGACCACUUAUUUAAUGUGUCACUUGUACACAAUAGGAUGCAUUCUUUCUCUUACUAUUUUUGACUAAUCUUCCAGAAAAAAAUGAUUGGCACACCUUGGGUUUAAAUAUGCCAACUUUAUAAGUCAAUGGCAUUUCAUAUUCACAAAAACAUGUCUGCGUCUCUAUAUAUAUAUAUGACAGCUGGACUGAUGGAGACGCCUCAUGCAUGUUUGAUUUUGUACUUCCUUUGUUUAUUUUCGUUGCUGUAAAUAUUAUGUUACCCUAUUGUCUAUGAAUCAAUGACUGAAUUGAUGUGAUGGAUCGGACAGAUGAGUUCGGUGUAAAGAAGAAUGUACUGAGCUUCCUGUAUAGGUGGGGGUUUGGCUGUGCCAAGGGGGCUUUGCACAGGAGAAUAUGUAGUAGGGAUUCUCAGAUGCACUUCCUGCUAUCAGUUGAUGUAACCAACCAGCAUAAUCCCUGAAAUCACCAGCACUCACUCCACAUGCAACCUUCCUAUGCCCCCAAUGUUUGUCAUACAAACACAAAAGAUAUUUUUGGGUGAGAGAUCAUAUUUGAUUGGUCUGCUUGUUUGAUUAUGGCUGAUUGAGCACAUCUUGUACAUUUUGUAAAUCUUUGUUCCUAAAUAGAAAUGAUAUAAUGAUAUAAAGUUUGAAAUAUGUAUAACUCUGA